AUGACUAUUAACGAUCCUGAGGAUGUCUUGAACACUAUCAAUUUUGUCACGCAAUGCUUGUGUAUCCCCAUAGUCAGUGUGUUUAUGAUUCUGCGGUUCUCAAUCCGCACGUACUACAAACAAUGGGUGGGUGUGGAAGACUGGUCUUGUUUGAUGGCAUGGAUUCUUUUCAUGGGAUACUGUGCUAUAUCAAUCUUGGUUGGGAGAUACGGCGGAGGGUAUCACGUUGAUGAUGUCUCGACUGCACACCAGGUCCUUUUCCACAAGUUCUGCUACAUCGCCACUGUACUUUACUGCCCGAUGGCCCUGCUGGUCAAAGUCGCUCUGCUCUCCAUCUUGACCCGCAUUUUCGCCCCGUAUCGCAUCAAGAUUCUCAUGAUAUACUUUUUCCUCGGCUGCCUCUGCGUCUACUAUGUGAUCGCUCUAAUUGUGAAGAUCCGGAUGUGCGACCCCAUCCCAGGAUACUGGACGGGCAGCCCCAACGCCCGCUGCCUCAACCAGCGAGCCGCGCUCAUCGCCGAUUCGGUCAUCAGCGUUGUCUCUGACUUGAUCAUCCUCUUUCUACCACUUCCUUUGACGUGGUCAUUGCAAAUGUCCCGCAGCAAGAAAAUGCGGGUCAUUGGUAUGUUAUCUGCGGGUGGACUCGCCACGGCCUUCAGUCUUUACCGAUUGGUCCUCGUGAUCAAGGAUGGCAGUUCCAAUGAUCAAACUAUUGUGUUCCUGUGUGUUAUCCUGUCAGGAAAUGCAGAGGGUGGGGUCGCCCUGAUAUGUGCUUGCCUCCCCACUCUCAACAUUCUCAUCAACAAGCUCCGCAAGAAAGGUUACUAUAGUUCCGAGCGUUAUGAGCCUAGCUCUUCCGUGCAGCUCAGUAAGAUGAAGAACGGGGGCAGUAAACGGUUUUCCUUGGGCACGUCACGUCGCGCCGAUGGGCUCGAGUCCGCGUCUGAUCAAAGCCACCUCAUUUCCUUUGCUGGCGGGCCGGAUAUAGCGUGCAGUCCGGAAACAGGUGGUAUUCAUAAGACGGUUGAUGUAUCUCAGACUGUUGAGGUAGUGGCAGACAGGAAGCACUAG